AUGAACGUCAACAGCAGCAGCAGCAGCAGCAGCAGCAGCAGCAGCAGCGCGAGCCGGGUCCUCAUGGAUCGCGCCACCUUCUUCUCCUCCCUCGCCGCAUUCCACUCCGAGCGGGGGCAAACCCUCGCCCCAGACCCUCUCCUAGGGGUACGCUCAGCAGCAGCAGCAGCAGCAGCAGCAGCAGUAGCAGCAGCAGCAGCAGCAGUAGCAGCAGUAGCAGCAGCAACAGUAGCAGCAGCAGUAGCAGUAGUAGCAGCAACAGCAGUUGUAGUAGUAGUAGCAGCAACAGCAGUAGCGGCUGUAGGUGUAGCAAUAGCAGUAGCAGCAGCAGCAGCAGCAGCAGCAGCAGUAGCAGCAUGA